CGAUCUUUAGCCCGAGACUACGCAGCAUCGUAACAAAACCGUGUGUGUGUUCUGUGCGCUCAGUGUUACUGUGUGUGCUCUGACUCAGUGUUGUGUGUGUGUGUUUUUUUUUCGACUAUAGUCCAAGCCAAAGACUAUACAAUAUACUAUACAUCCAUAUAUAUAUACAUAAACAUAUAUAUAUAUAUAUAUAUUUUUACCAUUCGAUCACGAUCUCACGACAUUCCGGCAUUUUCCACCUGAUUGUGUGCGGGCGGGUUAACGCCAUCUUGUAUCACACGUUUUUUUGUUAUUUUUUUAUUAUUAUUAUAUAUUAAUAUAUAUAUUAAAUAUAUAUAUUAAUUAUAAAGACCAAUAAUUAAUGAUAAUAAUUCAAAAUCAGUGAAUUUAAUAAAGUGAAAUUUAAAUUUUAAAAUUAUAUUAAAUGUAUACGCGACACAAAGCGUCGCCUCAUUUGUGGGGUUAAUUUUUUUUUUAAAAAAAUAUUAUUUAUUAUUUAUUUUUAAAAUUUUAAACAAAUUAGUGAAGUGCAAGUGCCGGAAUAAUUGACUUUUUUUAAAUAAUUAUUUUAUUAUUUUGGUGGGAAAAAGGAAAUUAUUUAAAAUUGAUCGAUGACACCGACUUGAAUGGUCAAUGGUCAGAAAAACAUAAAAAAUUUAAAUAAUCCCCUAAAUGUAAAAAAAAAUAAAUGCGUAUGAAACCUAAAGCAUAUAUCCGCAACUCAGACGGAAUUUAUCACAACAUUGAAGACGUAUCUAAAGAAAUGACAAACAUGUUUCCACAACAAUAUUGUUUGAGGUGGAAGUACCACCAUAGUAAUUUACAGACAAUGUUCUCACAGCUGUUAGAAAGACAAGCGUAUUGUGAUGUUACGCUUGCCUGUGAGGGACAAACUUUACGUGCACAUAAGGUGGUACUAAGUGCCUGCAGUACAUACUUUGACACAAUAUUAUCACAGUACGAGGAAAAAGACCCGAUCGUAAUAAUGCGUGACGUAAAAUUUUCCGACAUCAAAGUACUAGUGGAAUUUAUGUACAAGGGGGAAAUAAAUAUCGAUCACACAAGACUGUCAUCAUUGCUAAAGACCGCUGAAGAUUUGCACAUAAAAGGAUUAGCGGAAGUGAGUUGGAGAAGCGACUCAGCGCAAAAUGAUUCAAAUAACAGCGGGCAUAGUCCUGGCAGUGGUAGCGGCGGUAGCGGAAUUGGCGGCAGUGGUGGUGGAGGAGGGGGAGGGGGUGGCAGUAGCACAGGAACGCCGGGGGUUGAAACGGUAUUGAGAGAAGGCGAUUUAGAUGACACGCCACCACCACACAAACAGCGACGCCGGGGUCGACCGCCGUUAGAUGAUCCACCUUCUCAGCAUGACGUAUUUACACCAAAAGUAUCGUGUAUUACCGGAAGUGGAAACGUACGAACUUUUUCCGAAGAAAUGAUGAGUGAAGGCGAACAUGAGAGUUGGGAUGACGACACAAUGAUGACUGACAAUGAACCUGGACAAACGAUGCCGUAUCUAACAAAGGAAGAAAAUGCAAAUGAAGAAAAAAAAUCAAACCAACAAGCGACGAAUUCAAAUGCAACAAAUCCAGCAGUACCAGAACAAUUUCGCGAUGUAAUUAAAAUGAAUGAUUAUUUAACAACUGGAAGACGACAAGAAUUCUGGGAAGAACCUUUUACUCGUCGAGUAAUGGAUGCUAUUAAGAGUAAAGAAUUAGAGAUGAAGACUGCUGCUGAGAUUCUCGGCGUAUCUUAUGGUACAUUGUACGGUAGAUAUCGUGACAGUUAUGGUUGCCUUAAACAUCCUUAUAGAGUUCGUGAUUUUUGGUCUGAGCCCGGACCAGCAGAUGUUCUUGCAAAGUUACGCCGUAAGGAGAUAACACUUUUCCGAGCUGCCGAAUUUCUAAACGUAACCGUCCACACGCUAGCAACAUAUUUAUCAACACUACAAGGACCAGACCGCAUAUCUCUAGCCGGUGAACUUAACGCGAGUGUUCUCGACAGCGUUAACGACACCGACGACAUAAACGACGUGAUACAAAAGUACAAUACGUCGGAAAAAAAUUCAUCGACACCAGCGUCACCAACUCUACCACCAACAACUUUAUCACUUUCAUCAAAACGUAGCAGUAGCAGUAGCACAGAAUUAGUUAGUAACUUAGUCGACGUUAGUAUUAAAGCCAGCGCUGCAGUCUUAGAAAAUAAUCCUGACAUAACUAUCGUUAAAACUGAAACUCUACAGCAAAUUUCAACAUCAUCAUCAUCAUCAUCACGCAAACGUGAUCACAACAAAUCAUCAACGGCAACAGUCACCGCCAUUACACCUACAACAACUAAUUCUGAUAACAAUAACGCUAAAUUAAUGAGCGGGGGCGGUUGCAUCAGCGAAUCAUCAUCAUCACAUAAAUUAAAUGAUCAUCAAUUGUCAUUAAAUAAUGAUCAUAAACCCUAACUAUUCAGGCCUUAUUUAAUUAUUAAUAAUAAUAACAAUAAUAAUAAUUAUGAUAUCAAUCAACAAUUAAAUAAUAAUAAUAAUAAUGAUUAUUAUUUAAAUGACUAUUUUAAUGAUAAUGAUAGCGGUAGAUUAAAUAUUAAUAAUAAUAAUUAUAAUUAUAAUGGUGGUAAUCGUAUGCAAUUUUAUCAACGUAAAUUGUCACGUAAAUUGGUUCGAUUUUUAACGAAUAAUUUGCGUAUGAACUGAUAAUUGUAUAACUAUAUAUUAAUGUAUGUAAUUUUUGUUUUUGUAAGGUUAAGCUUUUAUUUUUUAUGUUUUUGUAAGAAAAUUUGGGAUCGAUAUAAUGGAAAUUGGGAGGAAAAAUGGAGAAAUCACGAUUUUUUGGUUGAUAUAUCGAUAUAUCGAAAAUUUGACGAUCGAUACAUUGAUUUCGAUAUUUGAGAAAAGAGAGAAAAAAGAGAAAUAACAAUUUUUUGGUUUAUAUAUCGAUAUAUCGAAAUUUUAAAGAUCGAUAUAUCGAAAUUUCAACGAUCGAUACAUUAAAAUUCGAGAGAUCGAUAUAUUAAUUGCGAUAUUUAAAAAUAGGGUUAAAAUGAAGAAAUGACAAUUUUUUGGUUGAUAUAUCGAUAUAUCGAAAUUUUAAAGAUCGAUAUAUCGAAAUUUUGACGAUCGAUACAUUGAUUUCGAUAUUUAAGAAAAGGGAGAAAAAAGAGAAAUAACAAUUUUUUGGUUGAUAUAUCGAUAUAUCGAAAUUUUAAAGAUCGAUAUAUCGAAAUUUCAACGAUUGAUAUAGUAAUUGCGAUAUUUAAAAAUAGGGUUAAAAUGAAGAAAUGACAAUUUUUUGGUUGAUAUAUCGAUAUAUCGAAAUUUUAAAGAUCGAUAUAUCGAAAUUUCAACGAUUGACAUAGUAAUUGCGAUAUUUAAGAGAAGGGUUUAAAGGAAGAAAUGACGAUUUUUUGGUUGAUAUAUCGAUAUAUCGAAAUUUUAAAGAUCGAUAUAUCGAAAUGUUAACGAUCGAUACAUUGAAAUUCGAGAGAUCGAUAUAUUAAUUGCGAUAUUUAAAAAUAGGGUUAAAAUGAAGAAAUGACGAUUUUUUGGUUGAUAUAUCGAUAUAUCGAAAUUUUGAAGAUCGAUACAUUGCAAUUCGAUAUUUGAGAAAAGGGAGAAAAAAGAGAAAUGACAAUUUUUGGUUGAUAUAUCGAUAUAUCGAAAUUUUAAAGAUCGAUAUAUCGAAAUUUCAACGAUCGAUACAUUGAAAUUCGAGAGAUCGAUAUAUUAAUUGCGAUAUUUAAAAAUAGGGUUAAAAUGAAGAAAUGACGAUUUUUUGGUUGAUAUAUCGAUGUAUCGAAAUUUUGGAGAUCGAUACAUUGAUUUCGAUAUUUGAGAAAAGGGAGAAAAAAGAGAAAUAUCAAUUUUUUGGUAUAUAUAUCGAUAUAUCGAAAUUUUAAAGAUCGAUAUAUCGAAAUUUUAACGAUCCAUAUAUAAAUUGCGAUAUUUAACAAAAGGGUUUAAAUAAAGAAAUGACGAUUUUUUGGUUGAUAUAUCGAUAUAUCGAAAUUUUGAAGAUCGAUAUAUUGGAAUUUGAGAAAUCGAUGUUUUGAUUUCGAUAUUUAAAAUAAGAGAAGAAAUAGAAAAAUAACGAUUUUAUGGUUGAUAUAUCGAUAUAUCGAAGUAUUGAAGAUCGAUAUAUUGAAAUUCGAGAUCGAUAUAUUAAUUGCGAUAUUUAAUAAGAGGGCUAAAAUGAUGAAAUGGCGAUUUUCGGUUGAUAUAUCGAUGUAUCGAAAUUUUAAAGAUCGAUACAUCGAAAUGUUAACGAUCGAUAUAUUGAAAUUCGAGUGAUCGAUAUAUUUAUUUCGAUAUUUGAAAAGAGAAUUAAAAUAAAGAAAUGACGAUUUUUUGGUUGAUAUAUCGAUAUAUCGAAAUUUUAAAGAUCGAUAUAUUGAAAUUUGAAAGAUCGAUAUAUUGAUAUUGUAAACGAAAAGUUCGAUGUAUCGAUGUUUUUAACGGAUAAGUGUUUUAAAAAAAUUAGAUAAGAUUUUAUUCAGUUAGAAAUUCAAUGUAUCGAUUAAUUGAUUUCGAUAUAUCGAUGUGCUAAAAUUCGGUAGAUCGAUAUAUUUAAUGCGAUAUAUUGAAGUUAAAUUUUUAAAAUCGAUAUUUAUUGCGAGUCAUUAAUAAAUUCAAUCAAAAUUUUUUUUUUCCAAAAUUCGAUCUAUCGAUGUAUUGAAAUCGAUAUAAUGAUAAAUCCAGUUCGAUUUAUCGAUAUACAGCCGUCGUACUAUAACAGUAAUUUCAAAAAUAUUUAGAUUUCUUGUACAUUCCUCAAACAAAAACAUUCAGUAUAGAUAUAUCGAUCUACAAAAUUCGAUAAAUCGAUAUGUUCGACUAUUCGAUAGAUCAUUCGAUACAUUGAUGUUUUUCUUUCACUUACAAAAACUUGAAAAAUUUCUAACUUUUUUUCUUCUUUUAAUCAAUACAUAGAGUCAAGUUUUCAAUGUAUCGAUAUCAAAUUUCAAUAAAUCGAUUUAUCAAUUCGAUUCUCGAACAUUUUAUUUUCUACUAUAUCAUUUAUUUUUUUUUAAACAAAAACGAAACAAUUAAAUGUCAGAAUAAUCAAUAAACCUAACAAAAAUCAAUAUAUCGAUACAUCAACAAUAUCGAUAUAUCGAUAGUUCAAAAUUCGAUUUAUAGGAAUUCAAAAAAGUCGAUUUAUCGACAAUAAAAAUCAUCGAUAUAUCAAUCCAUAUAAAAAUUGAUAUAUCGAUAAUAAAUGUAUCGAAAGUUGAAAAAUCGAUAUAUCGAAAUUUGAAAAAGUCGGUUUAUCGAUUUUUAAAAAAUUAAUGUAUAAAUAUAUCAAAAUAUCGAUAAAUCGAUUAUCAAUGUAUCGAUCAUUCGAAAAUCGAUGUAUCGACAAUCAAUAUAUCGAUAUUUUAUAUAUCGAUAUAUCAAAAUUAUAAAAAAUCGAUAUAUCAAAAUUUUAAAAAAUCGAUAUAUCGAUAAUCAAUGUAUCGAUAGUUCAUAAAUCGAUAUAUCGAAAUUUUAAAAAAUCGAUAUAUCAAUAAUCAAUGUAUCGAUCAUUCAGAAAUCGAUGUAUCGACAAUCAAUGUAUGGAAAUUUAAAAAAAUCGAUGUAUCGAUCAUCUAGAAAUCGAUAUAUUGACAAUUAAUAUAUCGAUACUUUACAUAUCGAUAUAUCGAAAUUUUUACAAAUCGAUAUAUCGAUGUAUUAAAAUUCGAUAUUUUUUAAAUUUUGUACUUUAUCAAAAAAAAAAAAAAUUUUUUUUCGUCUCCAUAUUUUUCCAUCAAUAAAAAAAUUCCAUUAAAUAUUUUUUUUUUUCGUUUUUUUAUAAAAAAAAUGCAUUUAUCAUAAUAGUAAUACAGCCAUUUCUAAUUAAACGAUAAUAAUAAUAAUAAUAACAAUGAUAAAUAAAAAUAAAAACACAAAAUGCAGAUCGAAAAAAAAAAAAAAUAUUAUUUAUAAUAAAAAACUAAAAAUAAUAUAUUCUAUACAACAAUUAAAUAAUAGUGGAUAAAUAAAUAUAUAAUAAUAAUAAUAAUAAUAAUAAUAAUAAUAAUAAUAAU